AAAAUUGGGAUUAUAAUGCAUAAUUACCAAAACUUGCAACUAUAUUCUGUGAAUGUGAAAAUUUUCCUCAAAUGCGGAUUCAUUGGUUCAGCCAGCAAAAUGAAAAUGUCGCUUAUGGCCUUAGUGCCGUUUAUCUCAGAAAUUGGACAACUUUUUAAUUUGUUUGUUACUUUGGAUAAAGACAUCAGUGAAACGGGGUUGAAUUUUUUCUUCUUAGGUGUCGUUACAAGCGGUAUAAUAAGACAAUUUAUUAUAACUGCACUUAAGGAUGAAAAAUAUGUGCGAUUAUUACGUUGUGUUGAAUGUUGGUACCAUGAACUGGAGCGCUCUGGUAAUCCGCAAAUUCUACGCAAGCUACAAGACAUCACCAAGCGGGCUCAAACACUUACGCGCAUUGGCUUCUAUGCGGCCUGUAUAGGCAUGGUGGGCGCCUUCAGCUUUCCAUUCUCCUUCGAACAACGGAAAUUUGUGGUGGAUGUUAGCUAUCCAUUUUUUGAUGUCAAGCAGACGCCAUUCUACGAAUUUUUCUUUCUUUUACAAGCUCUUGUGCUGGUGCCUACUUUCUGCUGCGUUUAUCUACCUUUUACUAAUCUUCUAAUCACUUUUCUCAUGUUCGGCGAAGUUGUGUUGUUGGAUUUGCGAUUGAAAUUAAAUAACAUCAACAAAAAUGAUGAAGCAGUAAUGUUGCGAGAAUUGAAGGAGUGCAUUGCAUAUCACAAAAAAAUUAUAGAGUUCCGCAAUGAUGUUGAAGAUUUGGUUACGCUUGUGAAUUUUUUCGAUGUCGCUCUUUUUGGUUUGAUGUUCUGCAUGAUGCUCUUCUUCAUAUCAAUGGUAGACGAUUUGCAAUCAAUUCUAACCGCCCUAAUAUUCAUCGGUUUCACCUUUUACACAAUUGCCAUAUCCUAUUAUCAUGCAAAUAAAUUCACAAACGAGAGCUUUGAAAUUUAUAACGCCGCCUACAAUACACCCUGGUAUAAUGGACAUUUGGAAAUGCGUAAAUGUGUGGCGAUCAUGAUUGCCAGAAGCCAAAAACCGCUACAAAUAACAGCCGGUGGACUAUAUCCAAUGACCUUGGAGACUUUUCAAGCCAUUGUACGUAUUUCUUAUUCAUAUUUUUCGCUGCUACAAGGACUCAAUCAAUAAUA